UUCGAGGAGGGCAGUACGUCACGCUACAGAUAGUACCAUUGCCCGUGACGGUGACGGGCAGGCAGCCCGUGGCGACCAUACUCCAACUCUCAAAGCUGAAAGAAAGAAAAAAUAUGGCAGAAGAGGCCUCUCUCUCCCUUCAAGCCCUCGCUUCAGCGCGCGGGCCCUUCUCUUUCAUCUCUUGAUCCCAGUUUCAAAAAAUCUGGAAGGAAGGGAAGAUUUUUAUCGUGGUCUUGAUUUUAAUGGCGUGGGACUAAUAGGUAAACAAGAAUCAUUUAACUAGAUAGGAAAUAAAACAAGUUGUUGAAAAUCUUGGUUGACAGAGAUAAAGAGGAGUUUAUUUUGCUUUCUUAAUGGCUGAGAUGUGCUGUGGAGUGUUGAGUGACGGCGAAGCCUCGACGCCGUGUGAAGAGAGUUCGAAAGCGGCUAGGCGGAGGAGAAUGGAGAUCAGACGGUUCAAAUUCGUGACAGGUGCUGCCCCGACCUCGCCCGAGACGGAGGAAAGAAAUAAACGCCAAAAAAUAGAAAUUCACACGGCGUCAUUGCAUGCUUCUGGCGGAGACGACUGCGAGGACUCUGUUGUGGAACGCCAAGAUGAAAGAGUCGUUCUCAAGGUUGAAAAUAGAAAAUCGGAGACUAAAGAAAUUGUAAUUUCGAACAAGUCUUUGAGUCUGAUUCUAAGUCCUUCCAUUUCAUCACCUGCCAUAGAUCCAGACUUCUUUCCAAAAUUCGGGGUCGCUUCAGUCUGUGGAAGGAGAAGAGAUAUGGAAGAUGCAGUGGCAAUUUACCCUUCUUUCUGUCGCAAAGACGAAGAAUCCACCAUUGAAUUGCAUUAUUUUGGCGUCUACGACGGCCACGGCUGCUCUCACGUGGCAGUCAGGUGCAAAGAGAGAUUGCAUGAGCUGGUGGAGGAAGAAUUGCUAGAGAGCAAGGAAGCAAUAGUAGUGGCGGCUGCUGCAGAGUGGAAAAACGCGAUGGAGAGGAGCUUCUGGCGGAUGGACAAGGAGGUGAUAGCUUGGAAUGAAGGGGUGGUUGGUGCUAGUUGCAGGUGUGAGAUGCAAACCCCAGAAUGCGAUGCCGUCGGAUCUACCGCUGUGGUUGCAAUCGUAACCCCUGAUAAGAUCAUCGUGGCCAACUGCGGAGACUCUAGAGCCGUCUUGUGCCGCAACGGCAAACCCAUCCCUCUCUCUAGUGAUCACAAGCCGGACCGUCCAGACGAGUUGAACCGGAUCCAAGCCGCCGGUGGCCGUGUGAUAUACUGGGACGGUCCACGGGUUCUCGGAGUUCUGGCGAUGUCAAGAGCCAUAGGUGACAACUAUCUAAAACCCUAUGUGAGCUGCGAGCCGGAGGUGACGAUAACAGAACGGACGGCGGAGGACGAGUGCUUGAUACUAGCCAGCGACGGGCUUUGGGACGUGGUGUCGAACGACACAGCAUGUGGAGUGGCGCGUAUGUGUUUGAGAGGUAAAGGACAGGUGCAGCAGUCAUGUUCUCCGCCAGAGAACGAGGUGGUGGGCUGUGGAAGUGCAGCCAGCAGCGGAUGCGGUGAAAUGUCGGAUAAGGCAUGCUCGUAUGCGUCGAUGUUUCUGACGAAGUUGGCUCUGGCCAGGCACAGUACUGACAACGUGAGCGUGGUCGUGGUGGAUCUAAGGAAAGGCACGUAGCCAUGAACUUUUUUAAUUUUAAUUUUUCUUAAAAUGCUUGGUUAGGGAGGGGGAGGGGGGGAUUUUUCGGAUGAUGAGAAGGGUUUUGGAGAUGAAUGCAAAUAGUGUAACGAAAUGGGGGAUGGAAAUGAAAUUUGGAGUGAACCAAAAAGGGUGUAAAAAAAAAGGUCGUCGUUGUAUUUGUCCGCCUUGAAGUGAAAUCAGCUUUGGCGCUAUAUAGUAAAAAAGUAAGUGGAUAUAAUUUUCUUUUGUUUAA